AUGGCUAUCCCCCGACAUGUCGCUCGGUCGGCCUCCCAGCUAUUCCUUCUCGACAAGGAAUCACCCCAAUACAAAGCAUACCUGGUCAUUGCAGACAUACCCCAUCCCGACAGGGCCAUUCUAGGUGCAUUUAUUAAAAAUGCAUCUGAUUCCGAAAAAGCUGCGCAAUUUUUCCUUAAUAAGAUAUCUAUGGGUGACGGUUCCAGUCUACCUUCCAAUAAGGCUGUUUAUCAGUUUCUAUCAAACUGGAAGAUUCUAAUAAACAUGUUUCGGCCGGUGGAGGCAACUUCGCUCUCCGACGAGGAGAAGAAGUUGGUAUUCGAACGGGACGGAGGCCGGUGCUGCCUUACCGGAAUAACUUUUGAGAAUCACCGUGCUGAAGGGCUUGUAUACCUUCAUAUUGUCCCACCAACUGUGUUUACCAGCGGUCCAGAUCUAUCUGAAGGGAGUAUUCUGUUUGAGCCUUUGAGUUACUUUCUAUCAAGAGAACUAUUGGAUAUCAUCUACUCUCUAGAGAACGGACAGACAGACAAACUGGGAAACGUUUGGCUACUUUCUACCACAGCUUGGGACUAUUUUAGAAAGGGAGACGCAUACCUCCGGGUACAACGUGGGGAUAACAAAACAGAAUCUAAUUUGAAGCAAGAGUAUAGCGUCUUUCAUAGCGGAUUUACGCCUAGUCACCCCGAAAGUUUCUCCCUAGAUCGUGGCGGCUCCAUUCAUAUUGAGAAUAGAAAACCUCAUUUAACGCUUACUCCUAAUAAAAAUCUCUUUGCAAUACACAGAUCCUUCUCAAGACCAUUGGCGUGGAUGGAAGCUCAUGAAUAUAUGCAGAAGCGUCUAGCCAAUGCUUCAAUGAAAUCUUCAAUCUCUCCGUUUUUCUCAAUUUUCCGACGGCUCUGGACAUCGCUACCUUCUUUUGUCAGAACAUCCGUAUACGACUUUUUAGCCCAGAUUGGCCUCAAAAUGUACCCACCUACACUGUCUAUGACCGUCUAUAAACUCCCGUUCGGUUUAUACCUCCGCCGAGGAUCACCAUCCCUUGCACCAAAGUAUCACGUUGAAGCCCACACCCUAAAAAUGAUAGAACAGUCAACCCAUAUCCCCGCUCCCAGGGCAAUUGAUGUUGCACAGACGUCACGAUAUUCGUAUUUACUAAUGACCUGCGUUCCUGGACGCCCCAUUGGCCCAAGUUUGAACACAAUGACUGAUGAAGAGAUAGAGCAAGUCGUGGUUGAUUUAAAGGGGUACAUUUCUGAGCUUCGGAAAAUACCAAGAGAUCCAUCUUCAGAAUAUCUUAUAUGCAACUCCCAAGGCGGUGGCUUCUUAGACUGGCGAAUUCCAGACAGUCAGAAUAAGGAGUUACGAUUCAAGUCUGAGGCUGAUUUCAACAAGUAUCUUACUGAUCCUUUCUGGGAAGAGAUUCGGACCCGUGCUACGAAAUCGCAUGACAUUCCCCAUAAGGUUGUCUUUACUCAUGGCGACCUCAACCCAAGGAAUAUAUUGGCAGAAAAUGGAAAAAUUACGGGUAUUGUUGACUGGGAAAAUGCAGGAUGGUUCCCGGAAUAUUGGGAAUAUACCAAAAUGCAUUAUACCGUUCGAAGUGUGGAACGUUGGCUUGUUGAUGUAGUCGACAGUGUUUUUCCCGGCUAUCGGGAAGAGUUAUGGGUGGAAAAUAUGCUUUCGGACCUUUUAGGUCCAUUCUAA